GCGAGCGCGAGUAUCGACCGCCUACUUAUCCCAGCUAAAAAUCGGUUACUUUCACGUCCAGACGACUUCGUCCGUACACUGUACUGCAUUCAGUAGGACGGGAGAUGGCGUCCACCUCCAGUAGGAGUGAUCUGAUGGACGAAUACCACAGACUGGCGGCUGACACCCUCCUCGGUGCUGAGUCAAACAAGGUUGCCGUGGCAAUAUUGCAGGCUGCAGAGGGUGGUGAGUUACAGAGACUGGUGAAACUACUGACAGAACACAGGGACCUGGUGGAUGCUCGUCAUCCUGAUUCUGGGGAUACCCCUCUCAUUAGUGCUGCCAGGAGUGGACACAAAGAUGUAGUGGAUGUACUGCUGAGUUGUGGAGCAGAUGUAACUCUGGAGAACGACAGUGGAGACAGUGUGCUGGACGUGGCAGGAGACAGACUCCGCAGACAUAUCCUCAGGUCUAUCAGUCACGAGGAUCGCUCCAUGAGCAAUGCCAAGGCUCUGCUGAGGUCUGCAUGGCUGGGGGAUUCCGUCAGGCUCAGGAGAUGUCUGUCCGGGUCCCAUUACCUGGAUGUCAACAACAGGAACAGUGAUGGCCUAACACCUCUGCUACUAGUCACCAGAGAUGUCUCCUUCUUCAGUAAAGUUCAAACAGCCAUGGAGACAGAAUACAACCCUGUAGAGUGAUGUGAACCAGGCUGACAGUCAAGGUCAGGGUCCACUGCACCUCAUUGCUUCCUCUGGUCCAAGUAUCCACGCCACCAAGAUGGUCUCUCUUCUCCUCCAACAUGGAUCAGCCACCGAUGCUCUGUCCUCGUCCUCCCAGUCUGCUCUCCACGUGGCCUCGUCUCAUGGUCACAUGACAGUCAUUGUGGCACUGGUGGAGGAGGGAGGGGCUGACAUCAACCUCCAGACCUCACAGACUGGGGACACCCCUCUCAUCAUCUCUGUAGGUUCUCUACUGAGCAUAUAUUUGCAGAAAGAUGGUUUCCAACAAUAUUGGGCAUCAUACUUUAAACAAAGUGCUUCUUUUAAAGAUAGAUACAUGUACAUAUGAAGAAGAAAUAAGACCUAAUGUAUACUAUACUGCAGCAUUUCUGGAGUAUUGGCUUAGAGCGAGCCAGUCACUGUUGGUUUGGUUUAAAUGGUGAACCUCUGAAUAAGGGACACCUUGGGGACAUUGAAAGUGUCGUUACUCUGAGGAAUCCCUGAUUCAGAGGUAACAUUAAUGGACUCAAGUUCCUUCAGCUGCGCAAUCUCCAUUUAGCCAGCUAGAUAUAUAGGAGACCUUAAAUGCUCCAAUAUUUCACUCAGUGGUAUCUUUAUGUAGGUCCGUGGAGGUCACAAUGAGGCAGCUCGUUACCUCCUGAGUAUCAGUGGGGCCGGCUGACGAGUCCUCCCACUAUAAAUAUAAGGGACGAAAACCAUCUCUGGGGACUAUUUUCCCAGGGGUGGUUCCUGGCUUUUCCCCCUUUAUGUAAGUAUACAGAAAGAUAUAUACAAUUUUGAUUGCAGCUUCUACCUCUCCAUCAUCAUCAUCCUCCAUCAAAAAUGACUUACUUGUGACGUUACCAUGGUGAACGACAGUGGAGACUCGGCACUGACAGCGCCAACAGCCCCAGAAUGAAGAGGAUGAUAAAAGGGGCUAGAAACAAUCACUAGCCUCAGCAUUGAAGUUCUGUCCACCGGGGUAACAGCAGAGCUAAUGCUGAACCCAGCUGCCUCCACCCAAUUCAAUCACAUGAUGACAUACAAGGAGUGUGAUCGAUUGCACAUGCUUACGAGCCACUCGCGCAGCCAGCAGCGUCACCAUAACCUAUUUAGGUGCAAUCAAUUUACAUAUGUACGUCGUAUAUAUG